AGGAAAGCCACUUUUUCCAGUCGGCGGGCUCAUACCUGCAGCUCUUCCUUUUCAUAAUGCCACAGAUCUCUGUUUCAUGCCAGCCUCCUUCUACAUCAAAAGCAAAAAGAAGGGGAAACACUUCUUCUGUGUUUGUGUGAGGUGAUAAAGGAGGGGAGAAGGAGAAGAAGAGAGAGAAGAGAUUAUGAAUGCGGAGACGCUGCGCGCGGAGAGGCACUCAGAGGAACAAUUGUCGUACUAUUAAAGUCACCUGCUGAAUGACGUCUCGCAAGCUAAGGGGGCUGAAAACUCGGCGCACACAGUGAAUCCCUCGCUGUGACUCAUUCAUUUUGUAUAAAUGCGACCGGUUGCAGAGCCGGAGAAAGAGCAGGGGCUUUAAUUAGCUGGAUUUUCUCGGUCCUCUGCUCGGAGGACGCAUUUCAGCUCGCGCUGGUCGUCUCUUUUCUUUCUUUCCUUCUUUUUCCUUUUAUGGAGACUGUGGAGAUGAUAUGCACCCGUGGGAGACAGACAGCCGACCGAGCCUUUCCUGCGCUCCCAUGGAGUUGGUUUGAGCAAGAAAGAAUGUCACCCACUUCUGCUGGUCCUGACAUCUAAGUAUUGAUUUUGCGAGAUCGUUUCUUGAAUCCGUUCGCGUUUGAAGUAGAAUAAUUCUCUCUGUGUGUGUUCUGCGCUGCGGGUUUUUCCUGUUUUUGUUCACGCGCCUUUGGAUUUAGCAUAAAUGGACAAAAUUAGGCCAGUUUAUCUGCGGAGGGUGUUCAUUUUUCCCCCACUGAUAUUUUCUGACAUAUGGAUGUAGCCUCGCUUUCUAAAAGGGAAACCGAAUUAGGGCUUCACUAUUCAACAAGCUGCAGCGCUCACUCCAGGCAGCAAAGCGAUGGGCGCAGUUUGCCUGAGCCAUCCUCUGCGUCUUGCUUCUUCAGCCCAGCUUGUUGAAUCUCCUCCCUGGUGACAUAGAAGAAUGGCUUUAUUUUAACAAACUUCCUCAGCCUGAUUACGCUCAACCCGUCCCUUAAAAGUUGAUCAUGGCUCGUGCCUUUGUGCGCGUGAAGCUGGGCUUUAUUUUCACAGUGUUUUGGCUCAUGAGGACUGUGGUGGAUUUCGCGCUAACCCAGGAGACUUAUGCCCCCCACUCAAUACGGACUGAUGGCCACCUGACUCUCGGCGGACUCUUCCCGGUGCACGCGCGGGGGUCCGACGGCACGCCAUGCGGAGACCUGAAAAAAGAGAACGGCAUCCAGAGGCUGGAGGCCAUGAUGUACGCGUUGGACCAGAUCAACCAGGACGAGCAACUCCUACCCAACAUCACCUUAGGCGCGCGCGUGCUGGACACUUGCUCGAGGGAUACCUACGCGCUGGAGCAAUCGUUAACUUUCGUGCAAGCCCUCAUCACGAAGGACACCUCCGACGUGAGGUGCACCAACGGGGAGCCACCGGUGUUUGUCAAGCCGGAAAAAGUGGUGGGAGUCAUCGGAGCCUCGGCGAGUUCGGUAUCGAUUAUGGUUGCCAACAUCCUACGCCUCUUUCAGAUCCCGCAGAUCAGCUAUGCGUCAACAGCCCCCGAGUUGAGUGACGACAGGCGCUAUGACUUCUUCUCGCGUGUGGUUCCCCCAGACUCGUUCCAGGCUCAGGCCAUGGUGGACAUUAUCCGAGCCUUGGGCUGGACCUACAUCUCCACCAUUGCCUCGGAGGGCAGCUACGGAGAGAAGGGAGUGGAGGCCUUCACACAACUCUCCAAAGAAGCAGGUGGAAUCUGCAUCGCCCAGUCUCUGAAAAUCCCUCACAACCCCAAGUUGGAGGAUUACGACAAAGCCAUCGCACAACUGCUGGAAACGCAGAAUUCGCGAGCAGUCGUCAUCUUCGCCAGCGAAGAAGACAUACGGGGAGUUCUCAAUGCCACCAAGAGGGCCAAUCAGGUGGGCCAUUUCCUGUGGAUUGGAUCUGACAGCUGGGGGGCCAAGAGCAGCCCGAUCCACCAGCUCGAGGAUGUAGCAGUGGGAGCGGUCACUAUACUACCCAAACGCUCAUCCAUUGAAGGGUUUGAUGAAUACUUUACUGCGCUCACCCUGGAGAACAAUCGCAGGAACGUGUGGUUUGCUGAGUUUUGGGAGGAAAACUUUGACUGCAGGCUCCUCAGCGCCUCCAAGAGAGAGGAUACCAGUCGUAAAUGCACAGGCCAGGAGCGCAUCGGGAUCGACUCCAAGUACGAGCAGGAAGGGAAGGUGCAGUUUGUGAUUGACGCAGUGUACGCCAUGGCCCACGCGCUCCACAACAUGCAGAGGGAGUUGUGUCCCGAUCACCCUGGCGUUUGUCCACAGAUGGAUUCUGCUGAAGGGAAGACUCUGCUGAAGUACAUACGCAACACCAGCUUUAACGGCAGCGCCGGCACCUCUGUUGUGUUUAACAAGAACGGUGAUGCUCCAGGACGGUACGACCUGUUCCAGUUUCAGAUGACCAACUCCUCCAUCCCAGAGUACAAGGCGGUAGGACAGUGGGUGGAGACGCUGCAGCUCAGGCUGGAGGAGCUUCAGUGGCCAGAUGGGGAGCAGGAGGUGCCUAUCUCUGUGUGCAGCCUGCCCUGCAAAACUGGGGAGAGGAAGAAGAGGGUAAAGGGCAUGCCGUGCUGUUGGCACUGCGAGCUCUGUGAUGGCUACCAGUACCAGUAUGACGAGACUUCCUGCAGACUGUGUGCAUACAACAUGAGGCCCAACCCCAACAGAACCGCCUGCCAGCCCAUCCCCAUUGUCAAGCUCGAGUGGCACUCUCCAUGGGCGAUCAUCCCCGUCUUCCUGGCCAUGCUCGGCAUCAUCGCCACCAUCUUUGUCAUGGCGACCUUCGUACGCUACAAUGACACACCCAUCGUGCGGGCAUCGGGCCGAGAGCUGAGCUACGUGCUGCUCACUGGCAUCUUCCUGUGUUACAUCAUUACCUUCAUCAUGAUCGCCAAGCCUGACGUAGCUGUGUGCGCCUUCAGGAGGAUCUUCCUGGGCCUGGGAAUGUGCAUCAGCUACGCCGCACUGCUCACCAAAACAAACCGUAUCUACCGGAUCUUUGAGCAAGGCAAGCAGACGGUCACGGCCCCUCGCUUCAUCAGCCCCACCUCCCAGAUUGCCAUCACUUCCAGUCUGAUCUGCGUUCAGCUGCUGGGUGUGCUGGUGUGGUUCGCCGUGGACCCUCCGAACACCAUCGUUGAUUACGAUGAGCAGAAAACCAUUAACCCCAAGCUGGCCCGCGGCGUCCUGAAGUGUGACAUCACAGACCUCCAGAUAAUCUGCUCGCUUGGCUACAGCAUCCUGUUGAUGGUGACCUGCACCAUCUAUGCCAUCAAGACAAGGGAUGUACCGGAAGACUUCAAUGAGGCAAAGCCCAUUGGCUUCACUAUGUACACCACUUGCAUAGUCUGGCUGGCCUUCAUCCCGAUUUUCUUUGGCACGGCCCAGUCGGCAGAGAAGCUGUACAUUCAGACAACCACUUUGACCAUCUCCAUGAACCUCAGUGCCUCAGUCGCACUGGGCAUGCUCUACAUGCCCAAGGUGUACAUCAUUAUCUUCCACCCUGAGCUCAACGUACAGAAGAGGAAGCGUAGCUUCAAGGCGGUGGUCACAGCUGCCACAAUGUCAUCACGUUUGUCCCAGAAGCCCAACGAGAGGCCCAACGGAGAGGCCAAGACUGAGCUGUGUGAGAACCCGGCCGCUGACCCCAUGAGUCAAGCAACCAAGAAAACAUAUGUUAGUUACAACAACCUCAGGAUCUGAUCUGCUUGAAAACGGAUGCUGUUUUAAUCCAUGAUUGAGAAGAGGACGGGCUCCAAAGAAACAGAACGAGAGAGAGAGAGAGAGAGAGAGAGAGAGACACGAGGACAAAAGAGAGAGUGCAGGCAUCCCAGCACCACCUGCAGUACCUAUGCACUCCAGGGCUGUGGAUGGCAUCCAACCUCCAUCCAAGACAUGAUCCAUGAGUCCUGGCAGAGACUAGCACAGCUGUAGGCCAGCGUGGUUGGUUGGGCCUCACCAACCAAACAGUAGAAUUUAAACAUGUGUUGUGGCCCCUUUUCUCUCUGAUGGAGAACAAUUUGCCUGCUUAAAGGGGUCACUGCAAAUGAGGACAUCCGUGAAAAAAAAAAAAAAGAGGAAAGUGGAUCUGCUUUCAAGAUAUUUUCUUUUGAAAUGUCAUUAAAGCCAUAUUCUCUUGGGGUUCCCAUUAUCUGAUUUCUGUUUGUAUUGUUUCUGAGUGAUUUCUUCUUCUGUGCCUCUUUUUCUUGCAGUUGAUUUCAUAACCUUGAAUGACGAGCUCUGCCACAUACAGUAUUUUGUUUUACUGAAAUCAGUCCGAGAUGAUUAUUAUGUAAGAAGUGAUGGGCAUUGUAAGUAUAUUUUUUUGUAAAUAUUUGAGAGUAUUUUCAUGUUUGGAGUACAACAAACUAGAUAUAAAGUCUUUGUUCAAAAUUUGAUUUUGAAUGGUAAUGAAAAGCACCACAAAGUGUUCACUUUGCAUGUGCCAAUGUAUGUCUGUUCUAUUUGAUGUAAACAAAAAAAAAAGAGAAAUAAAUUCUGAAAAGGAUAUGAGCUUCAGCAUCUUUCUGAUGUUUUUUUUUUUUUUUUAAAGCAGAACUGAACUUCAUUAAAAGACAGAAUAUGGCUUUAAUCUGUUGUUGAAUUGACCUCCCACUCCCCUCCUGUAUCUGCAAGCAUGUUUGUUUUAUAGAGUUUCGUACGUGGGUAUAUUAUGCCUCAUUAUGGUGUGGGAAACAUAAAUAUCAGAGCAAUCAUGCAAGUAUGUUGUGAUGUCUGUCAAAUUAUGAACAUGUAAUAAAAUCAUUUUGUUAUCUUUUAUACAACUAAA